ACCCGCGGGCCGGCGCGUGCGGGGGGAGCCCUCUCUCCGGCCCCGCGCGGGCGCCUCGGAUGAGAGCGGGGGCUCCAGCGGGGGCUCCGGGCCGCUCCCACCAUGCCGUUCCACCCGGUGACCGCGGCGCUCAUGUACCGGGGCAUCUACACCGUCCCCAACAUCCUGGAGCAGCACCCCGUCGAGAUCCCCGAGGACGAGCUGGAGGAGAUCCGGGAAGCCUUCAAAGUGUUUGACCGGGAUGGGAAUGGCUUCAUCUCUAAGCAGGAGCUGGGCACAGCCAUGCGCUCUCUGGGCUACAUGCCCAAUGAGGUGGAGCUGGAGGUCAUCAUCCAGCGGCUGGACAUGGAUGGGGACGGGCAGGUGGAUUUUGAGGAGUUUGUGACGUUACUGGGGCCCAAGCUCUCCACCUCGGGGAUCCCUGAGAAGUUCCAUGGCACAGACUUCGACACCGUCUUCUGGAAGUGCGACAUGCAGAAGCUGACCGUGGAUGAGCUGAAGCGGUUGCUCUAUGACACCUUCUGCGAACACCUGUCCAUGAGGGACAUUGAGAACAUCAUCAUGACGGAGGAGGAAAGCCACAUGGGCAAUGCAGAGGAGUGCGCCGUCGACGUGGAGCCCUGCUCAAACCAGCAAAUCCGACAGACGUGCGUCCGGAAGAGCCUCAUCUGCGCCUUCGCCAUCGCUUUCAUCAUCAGCGUCAUGCUGAUCGCCGCCAAUCAGGUGCUGAGGAGCGGGAUGAAGUAGCCCAGACAGACAGACUGCUUAGCAGAAGAACAAAGACAGACAGACAUAUAUAAAUAAAUAUGUAUAUAUAUAUAUUAUAGAAUAUAUACACAAAGGGGGGAGGAAAAAACCAAACUAUUCCUCCAUGGAACGUGUCCUGUGCACACCCACCAACUCCUCACCCACAUCCGCCCUUCCCCGAAACGGGGCCAUCGUGUCUGCUGAGCACAUGGGUUCCCCUGGGGCGGCUCCCACUCGCCUUGGGGCAAGAGAGGUCGCUUGGACGCGCAUGGCUGUUUGCGGAACGUUUAGACUAAAACAAGUGCAUGUACCGUGCAUGGAGUCCCCCCCCCCCCCAUCUGAGUGAUGCAAUAGCGUGUGCUUUUAUAACCGGAGAUUAGAGUCCUAUCAGAUAUAUAAUAUAUUCUAUAUCUCUAUAUUUAUGAUAAACCAAAACAUCCCGUAAGCAAUACACACUCAUCGAGAUUUUCUAUUUGAGAUUCGGGCAUUGCAUGGACCUCAGUAACAAGGGCUGGAUUCCACCAUCUCCCCAUAACCACCUCCACAGGUCCCAGAAACCACACACUGUUCACCCCAGCUGUGCAGCUGUUGUCAUCAGGAAGUCUGUUGUAUAUGGCCCUGGGUGUGAGGGCAUGGGCAAAGACAGGCUGCAGGAAUCGUCAGGUUUUACACUCAGUCUGUACUGCAGCUCAGGCCCUGUUACCAUCGGAAAAUCCACAUGUGAGACAUUCCCUAGCUGCUCAUGCCAGGACGUGGCUAAAGCUUCCUGUCGGAAAGGGGCAUCCAGGCUCGUUGAGGGAGCUCACACUGGGCAUGACUCAUCUGCUUUUGGCCUGUUCGGCCCCCUCUGGGACUGUCCUACAGACUGCGCCCAAUUGCCCCCAUGUUCCAGUUUGGCCUAGUGGACAGACCGGUGGGCUGGGACUUGGGUUCUAUUCCCAGCUAUACCAUGGGCUUACUGGAUGACCUUAGGUAAGUCUCUGUGCCUCAGUUUCCCCAGCUGUAAAAUGGAGAUAAUGAUACUUACCCUGAUUAAAAGUGCUGUAUAACAGCUGGGUUAUUAGCCCAGUAACCCUCUGGGCCCCACAGAUAGUCAUCCAUUGUGGAAUGUAGCUCGCCAUAGUCUGUCUUUGAUCACAUCACCACCCCACUUUGAGAGGGAGCUGCCUCAGCUCUCAGCCCCUCUGGCUUGGUAAGUGAGUGUCCUGCCUGGAGAGCCACUUCUGAACUGCCUUCCUGACACAGCCCUCUCAUCCCAUGUCACCUCCAUGUACUCCCUCCCUGUGUCCGUUCCUGACCACCAGACACACUCAUGCCCCUACAGCCUGGAUGUAGCAUCAGACCAGUGUGGGUUUGGGUUUCUUUUUUUUAAUUUUAUUUUCAAUCCAAAUAAA